AUGGCGGCCGUGCAGCGACUCCUUCGGGCAGCCGCCUCCGGUGGUUCGGCGAUGGCGGCGGUGGCCAGGAGACGCAUGGCGUCGCUGGCGACGGAGCAGGCGCCGUCUGCGGCCGCCGGGUUCUCGUUCGCGGCGGAGGAGAGGGUCAGGCAGCGGCCGAUGGCGGAGAGGAACGUGCAGUGGGCGUUCCUGGGCUGCCCGGCGAGUGGUUGCGGUUGGUCAAGGCUGACAUGCUGGACUAUGGAAGCGUUGUGUCCGCGGUCGCUGGCUGUAGAUAUCAUAGCUCCUGCUGUAAUUGGCACACUGAAUGUGUUGAAAGCUUGCUACAAGGCAAAAGUGAAGAGAGUUGUUGUGGAAUGGUAUUUCCUUUCUAAAACACUGGCAGAACAUGAGGCUUUUGCUUAUGCAGCAAAAACUGGGCUAGACAUUGUUACUGUUUGCCCAUCAUUGUGGGUGUUCCUGGGCUGCCCGGGCGUCCUGUCGCGCCUCCUCGGCGUGCCCCACAUCGCGACGGGGGACCUUGUUCGCGACGAGCUCGCCUCCACCGGGCCACUUGCUGCUCAGGUGAGAGUGGGACACCUCUCCGUACCUCCAGGGUCCAGAUCGGCCCCGUUCUGCUCUGCGCUGAUCUGGACUUCGUUUUUAGUCGUGUGGAUCAGCGACAUGGUUGAGCUUAUUUAA